CAAGGGGUUGAGGAAGUAUUACUUCUGCUCAGCAGAGCAGUUAUCAGUAUCAGUGUUAUGGAGAGCUGGCAGGUAUAAAAGGAAAGACGAUAAAGGUGGGGACAGCCAUAACAUACAAAGGAAACACCUGAAGACCAAGAUGGAGAAAACAAUGAUGGUUGUCCUCUGUGUCUGUUCCACCUUCAUUUCAGUGGAGCAAACUGUAACAGUUUGUACCUCCUGUACAAAUGGAACAGAUGCAACACUGACCAGCAACAACACUGAACCAACUGGUACCACCAGACCCGCAGCAGCAACCACACCACUGCCCACUCACACCACGACUAACGUAACCUCCAACUACAAUAAUGUAACCACAACAGCACCUCCCUCCAACUCCACCUCGCACUCCACGGCUCAAAUCACUUCAACACAGAAGCCCACAAUGACCUCUGGAGCAACACAAAGCUCUGUAGUCACGUCAGCUCUUGGUGUGACUAACACUAGAACAACUUCAACUACAACAUCAAACGGAGGGUCUGCCUCUUUGUUUGGGUCCUGCAGUCAACUACUGGUGCCUCUGAUCUCGAUUCUGAUCUACGGUGCAUAGGACUGCCAUUGUAACCCAAAAUUAAAAUCACAGAUUCACCUUUCCUCAAUAGAAAUGUUAGAUUUUUGAAAGAGCUUCUUAUUUAUUGGCUCUUACUUUGACUGUCACGCUUCUGUCAUAUUAAUGUUAUGAAGUGCUUUGUUUGCUCUGAGCUAUUUUUCACUUUUGACCAAGAGUCUUCCACACAGUCUCAAUAAAUCAUGUAUAAUCCCA